GCGGUCUCGCUCCUCUCUUCAGAUCAGCAGAAUCUGUUCAUCUCGACACGGACAAGAUGGCGAAUUGAGUGGGUUGCGCUUUGAAAAGAAAGCAGCGACUCACGCAAUUUCUUCAACAUUAAAACGCCGGUUGCCUUGAUGAACGUUCGAAUAAGCUGGGAAGCGCGUUUUUAAGAAGAAAAGUCGCCUCUAAAAGCCAAGAGAGCGUCUAGGACACCGACUCCUCCGUGUCCUUUCGGGCUAAGCUGCUAGUCAGCUAUUCGGGGAAUUGCUGAAGAGAGAAAAAAACAGCCACAACCUCAGGGGAAUUGUUUUUGUUUUUUUUUACCUUAAAUGUCGAGACUGCUAAUCUAUGAUUGAAACCAAUGUCCGUUAUCACCUUAAUUUCGUCGUUGUGAGUUGUUAAGGACACCGCUAGUGAGGAUAACCCGAUUUUAGGCUAGAUAGCAUUGUUUCUGUUGGACUGAAGAAGAGAAAGGGCAGCCUGAAAACCUCCCCGUUCACACAGUUUCAGAGUACUUCUCGGAUUUUAGGACAUGGCCAGCAGCAGUGGCUCUAAAGCCGAGUUCAUAGUCGGUGGGAAAUACAAGCUCGUUCGGAAAAUCGGAUCGGGAUCCUUUGGUGACAUUUAUUUGGCAAUCAACAUCACAAAUGGAGAGGAGGUAGCUGUGAAAUUGGAAUCACAGAAAGCCAGACAUCCUCAACUUCUGUAUGAAAGCAAGUUGUAUAAAAUUCUCCAGGGAGGAGUCGGAAUCCCACACAUAAGGUGGUAUGGCCAAGAAAAGGACUACAAUGUCCUAGUGAUGGACCUGCUGGGGCCAAGUCUGGAGGAUCUCUUUAACUUCUGUUCCCGCAGAUUCACAAUGAAAACUGUCCUAAUGCUUGCAGAUCAGAUGAUCAGCAGAAUCGAGUAUGUGCACACAAAAAAUUUCAUCCACAGAGAUAUCAAGCCAGACAACUUUUUAAUGGGUAUUGGCCGUCACUGUAAUAAGUGUUUAGAAUCUCCAGUGGGGAAGAGGAAAAGAAGCUUGGCUGUUAGUUCUUCUCAGGACCCAUCUUUCUCAGGAUUAAACCAGUUGUUCCUCAUCGACUUUGGUCUGGCCAAGAAAUACAGAGACAACAGGACACGACAGCACAUACCCUACAGAGAAGACAAAAAUCUCACAGGCACAGCUCGCUAUGCCAGCAUCAACGCACACUUGGGUAUCGAGCAGAGUCGUCGAGAUGACAUGGAGUCGCUAGGAUAUGUGCUGAUGUACUUCAACAGAACCAGUCUGCCAUGGCAGGGACUGAAGGCUGCCACAAAGAAACAGAAGUAUGAGAAGAUUAGUGAGAAAAAGAUGUCAACCCCUGUCGAGGUGUUGUGUAAGGGUUUCCCAGCAGAGUUUGCCAUGUACCUGAACUACUGCCGUGGGUUGCGGUUUGAAGAGGCACCUGACUACAUGUAUCUGCGUCAGCUUUUCCGCAUUCUUUUCAGGACUCUGAACCACCAGUAUGACUACACAUUUGACUGGACCAUGCUGAAGCAGAAAGCAGCACAGCAAGCGGCCUCCUCAGGGGGACAGGGGCAACCGGCACAAACCCCCACAGGCAAGCAAACUGACAAACCCAAGAGUAACAUGAAAGGUUUCUAAGCAUUAAGACAAUGUAUUGAAGCAGAGCAGAGUGGUCGUAGCAGGAUUUGCCUUCCAAUCACACCCCGGCAUCUAGGAUCAAAUUCACCAGAACCUGCCAGGCACUGUGGGCAACCUUUUUCCUGUUAAAGAACUUUUGUUCCAUAUACUAUAUAUGUAAUUGGUAUAUAUAGAUAAGAUGCUCUGCAUAUAUCUAUAUAUUGGUAUGUAUAUACUAUAUCCACACAGAGAGCAGGCUUGGUUUGGAGUUGGAAGCUGUAGCCUUUUCUAUUGUCCUGUCCCUAAAGACUUUUCGCACCCCUCCUCCUUUGAAAUGGAAAACCGUAGAAAAUGGGGAUAUAAUUGUGCACAUGCCAAUAUUUUCCCGAGUUUUCUCCUUCAGGAAAGCUGUUUGGGGUCCUUCAUGAAUUCUCGGUUGCCCUUCAGAGCAGUUUUGGUUCCCCUUUCCCUUCUCAUCGUCCUCUCAUCACCAAGCGUGGCACGAACCCAGACACUCUUCUGUCAGAAUGGAGACAUCCGAGACAGAUUUUUGUCCUUCAAUAUCUUUUUUUUUUUCUUCCUUUCCUAAUGCAAAAUGAAGCAACUGAGAUUAAAUGUUUUUUUGUUUUGUUUCAAAUGUAUCCAAAUAAUUAAAAAGGCAAACAUUGGGCUUUGUUUUUCUUUUCUAAAAAGGUAAUUACGAUUCUGCCUGCUGGAAUGUGCUAGAGAGCUUCUAAUGUGAAGAUUAAAAAAAACAAAAACAUUCUAGUGACUACUAGGUUUCUCUUUAGUACGCUGCAUUAACUAUAUUGUACUUGGUAUUCUGAAGUCUAAAAAAUAAAAGAAACUCCACAGAAGCAUAUUCAUUACAAAUUAGGUAUCACUCUGAACUAAACCUGUAUGUUAAUUGCUUAGAUGAAAAUUGUAUGCAUCUGAUCUGGGUUUUUUCUCUUGGAAAAAUGUUCAUGUUGAUUGAGCAAGUAACCAUUCGUACGAUUAAUUGCUAUGAUAGGCUUAAUGUUCUGUUUUUGAGAGAAAAAUGUGCUCACUCCAUUCUCAUUACCAUUUUUUUUAUGCGUAUAUAUCUUUUUUUCAUUUUUAUAGUCUUUCCCUGUAUUGAAUCAAUCGGUUUGGGGAAAGUGUUUUUUGUUUUUUGCGCUGCUUCCUGUGGUGAAGCAGAUCCUUGUGUAAAAUAUCUCUGGGACUUUCUCUCUGCAACAAUUUUUCGCUGCUGUUUGGUAGCGGUCUUUUUGCUCAUUUUCCUUUUUUUUAUUGGAAAGAAAAUGUUGGAGGGUUUCUUUUCUAUAUAGUUUUGGUUCUUGUGAGGCAAGAGAAAUCUGAUUUUCCUUGUUUUCCUCAGCCUUUAGCCUGGACAAAUGCACACCGGUAACUUGGCUUUCUUUUCUUUUUGUUGUUUUCCUUGCCUCCAAACUGUCCCUCAGAACCGGCUUAAAGUACUUUGCAGCUGGACAUUCUAUAAAAGUGUAAUUUAUUCCCUUUUAGCAUGUCAGAAUAAAUUAAAAAUGUCUUCUCAGAAAUGCUGUCCCAGUCUCUGUAAUUUUACAAGAAUGCAAAUAACUUAAAUUACUGAUAAGAUUUCCCCCGUCCCUUUCCAUUUGUUCAAGUAUCUGUCUCGUCUGCACAUUUAUUGUUGAAGUACAACAGGCCAGGCAUCAAACUUUUUUUUUUUUUUUUUGAAACUGAAAAAUCAAAAGAAAUGCUUUAAAAUGAGAAGGCGAGAUCAUUUUUUUUUUUUUU